AUGGAUGACGUCCGGUCCGAAUACUACCAGAAAACAGCUAACACUAGCGACGAGAGACCACAUUGGCUAGAAUCUAGUGGCCAUAUCAAUGCGCUGUUCUCAGCGAUCGCCAUUGGCCGUCUGGUCGGUACGAUACCCGGACCGUAUCUUAUUCAUCGAAUGGGCGUAUGGGGUACAAUGACAAUCUUCGGAAUGCUGUCCACACUUUCAACGUUGGCAUUUCCUUUCGCCGUACGUUUUGGGUUCGUGCCAGUGAUUGUUAUGAGAGCUAUACAGGGCAUAGGCACAUCAGUAUCUUUUCCAAUGACUGGUCUAAUCGCUUCCCAAUGGUCAACAACUAAAUCAGUCGGCACAUAUAUCGCCAUCCUUUCAUGUCACGUACAGCUAUGCUCUAUUUUUACGAUGCCAGUGUCGGGUACAUUAUGUGAAACAUCGCUUGGAUGGCCAUCCGUAUUCUACCUACAGGGAGCUCUAUCAGCAAUCGCCUUUCUUGCAUUCCUUCUCUUUUACAGAGACGACCCACGGAAACACAGAAAUGUUGGCCCGGCAGAACUGGCUAAAAUCACAAGAGGAAAGCGAGGUCACGAAAAACAUACUGCUCCGUACAGGGCAAUCGCUACUGACUCUUGUAUCCUCAGCAUCUGGCUGUCAACUCUCGGUAGUACCCUUGGCUUCCAAGUCUUCUUGAUUUAUGGUCCAACAUAUAUCAAUAAGGUGCUCCAUUACGAUGUGACGAGUACAGGUUUCACUACUGCAUUACCAUACAUACUUUCUGCGAUAGUAAAGUUUAUUGUUGGACCGAUAUCUGACCGAGCAACUUGUAUGUCGGACAAAUGGCGUUUGGUGCUUUUUGCAGCCGCUUCUCAAGGAAUCAUGGCUCUAGCAUUCCUCGCCCUUGUUUUUUUGAAGCCUCCCAGUCUGUCCCAGAUCGCCUACACAAUCGCAAUAGUCUCCAGUGGUGUGAACGUAGUUGGUACAAUGAAAUGCGCUCAAAUGGUAGCCAGACAACACGUCCACAUUGUGAUGGCUGUAAGCUCAAUUCUGGCUUGUGCUACCGUUCUUCUCCUUCCAGUCGCUGUCAACGCGGUGUGUCCAGAUAAUACACCAGAACAGUGGUCGCGCUUGUUUUUCGGAAUAAGUAUAGUUGUUAUCGCAUUCAGUACGCCUUUCGUGUUUCUCGCCAGAAGCGAACCAGCACCAUGGACAGGAAAUAAGAUUCAUGCGCUACCGGAAACGAUUACAGGAGUUAGAAGAGAAGACGGGAAGAUCGAAUCGACGCAAUCAAGUUAA